ACUUGUUAGAGAAAUAGUGGACUUUUGUUUUGUGCGAACUGCGAAGAGACACUUUAAAAUAAAUUAUUGUAUUUCAAAUGAUAAGUUGACAGAGGACUAUUGUUACUUUUGUAAAAUAGUGUAAUGUUGCGGUAUUUAUUGGAUAAGUUUUGGGACGAAGAUAUUUGGCUUCCGCCGAACACAACAUGGAAUGACAUAGCUCCAGGUCCUGAAAAAUCUGUAAUUUAUAAUGAUCACAGACACCUUCUGUAUCCAAUACCUUUAGCGUUUUGCCUUCUUGGUAUAAGGUAUCUUAUGGAAAAGUACUGGUUUGCACCAUUUGGUAUAUUACUAAAUAUAAAAAAUACCAGAUCCAAGAGAGCACCAAAUAUACCUAAACUAGAAUCAGCAUAUCAGGAGAGCUCAAAACUCAAACACAAAAAGUUAUGUGCCUUAUCAAAGCAGCUGGAUAUGUCGGAGCGGCAGGUGGAACGCUGGUGGCGUCUUCGGAGGAGCCAGGAUAAGCCCUCGACUCUGGUCAAGUUCUGCGAAAAUUCAUGGAAAUGCACAUUCUGCCUUUAUAAUUUCUCGUAUGGCCUGUUUAUAUUAUGGGAUAAGGAGUGGCUUUGGGAUAUCGAUCAGUGCUAUAUUGGAUAUCCCCACCAGGGCGUGACUUACGACAUAUGGUGGUACUACAUGGUAUCUUCAGCGUUCUACUGGUCGCUGACCAUAUCCCAGUUCUGGGACGUGCGCCGCAAGGACUUCUGGCAGAUGUUCAUCCACCACAUCGCCACCAUCGCUCUGUUUUCUUUCUCUUGGGUGUGCAACCUCCAUCGUAUCGGGACCUUGGUGCUAAUCUGUCAUGACUGUGCUGAUAUAUUUUUAGAGGCUGCUAAGGCCGCCAAGUACGCCAACUACCAGAAGCUGUGCGACCUGCUGUUCGCCGUCUUCACCGCGGUGUGGAUCGUUACCAGGAUAGGGAUUUACCCGUUCUAUAUUAUAUGGAGCACGUCGAUCCGAGCACCAAUGCUCCUGCCCAUGUUCCCGGCGUACUACAUCUUCAACUCGCUGCUGUGUCUGCUGCUGGCACUGCACAUCGUGUGGACCUGGCUUAUAUUGCAACUUGUAUAUAACUCUAUCAGCGCAGGAAAGAUGGAAGGUGACAUCCGCAGCUCCAGUUCAGAUAUGAGCGACAGUCCUCCGUCCGCUAACCACUCGAACCAACACACGCCGCACCGGAGCACCGGCAAAAAAGACGCGUAAAUACCCACCGGUGUUCUGGACAACCCAAUACUUAACGAGCUUAUAGCUACUUGCCACUGAAUAAUUUUAUGUACUUACCUAAUGUUAAUGUGUGAUUAGGUAACUUCUAAAUAAUACAGGUUCUGUUCGUAACACCUAGAAUUGCCAAAUAUGUUGUUUAAUAUCUAUCUUUGGAUUCAACUACGGUCGCGGAGCAGACAAAAAUUGGGACAUUAACUGUUCACUUUUUGUUUCGGUUUCGGUGCAUAUCAUAUCAGAAUAAGAAGAGAAGUAGACCUUUGAAAAGAGGCUGGGCUCGCUUCACCGUUGUUCGCUAGUGGUCCGAGUACGUCCGCCUCGGUACAUAACCGGUAGAUAUGUAUCGGCCACACGCACCGACCUCAACAAUCCAAUUCAAAAUCUACGGAAUUAUAAAAAAGAGUAAAUUAUCACAAAUAUAUCAUGUACGUGUUGUCGUUUCGCGAGCAUGCUUUGAUGACACUAUGGCCGGCCCAUUAAUCGCAGGUGUGUAUCUAAAAAUUCGUAUCCCAUUGGUAGAAAAGUAUAUAGGUAGGGCUCCGGCGACCAUAGAUAAUAUAUUUGAAUUAUCUAUUUAAUAAAUGUAAUAAAACAAAUUAUGUAUAUACCAAAGAUAAGGUUUGGUUUUUGAGAACUGAUAAUGUUACGACAAGAUUAGAUAACUAAAGUGCCUUUGAAUGUUUAAGUGGCGCCUAAAAACAUUUAUAUUCCAGGUGUAAUAGUGACAAACCGUAUUACAAUUUUAUAUAUUAAUUUUAAAAAAAUCUUAUUGUGAUGUGUUCAAUACUUAAUUGCACAAGUAACACGUUGCAAAUUGUGUUUUAUAUUGAGAUUGUUAAACUUACUUUAAGGGAUGAUUCCGUCGCAUUGUGUUGCCGGCGGUCGCUUCACUAUUUAUUUUACUUUAUAUUAUUUGGACACUGUAAUGGCCGUUCAGAUUAGUCGUUAUAAUAAAGUGUCAUAAUGAUAUGUCAAUUAGUUAAAAAAAAAUCCCCUGGAGAACAACAAUUGUGUUUUUAUGACCGGCCAUCGCAGCGGCCCAAAAUAAUUGUAAAGUUAUUAAUUUGCUGGUGUGAAAGCGAAAACAUAUUUGGGAAUGUCAUCGCUCGGAGCUGAAAUAGUAGGUACAUUGUGGCACAAGAGCGGGGGGAUGUUGACCUACCCGCACACCCGUGUAUCACUCGACGUUUUAUAAUACACUUGUGGGAAAUAGUAGAAAACAAACAAAAAAUUCAAUAUGUUUAUUUCAAUAUACUUUCAGAAAGUGGCGUGUUUUUAUAACGAAACUAGUGAACGGGAUCGUUCGUGUGAGUUUGUUAAAUUUUUGACAAAUGUGAAAAUAAUUAAAUUAAAAGUGGUAAUUGAAUUCUUGUUAUAUAUAACCAUUUAAAAUAAUUUCGAGAAUUCAGUGCUCAAACGUAAUAACUCAUUCAUUUUCCUUCGUACAAAAUCUAUUUGAUUUUAUUUUAUCUAUGAAAACUUCUUGCUAUAAAACUUUUUAAAAUAAGUAAUAAAUUUAAAAGUAAACUUUAA